UUAAAGUGUGUGAAAAACUGAAAAUGUCGUGGACACAUGAACAAAUUGGAGCCCUUAUAGAUUUAUAUAAACUGCAUCCAUGUCUUUAUGUGGUAAAAGACAAAAAUUACCACAACAAGCAUGCUAGAAACGCAGCCCUUCAGAACAUUGUUGAGGAUAUUAAGCAUAUAAUACCAUCCACUACAGAAGCGGAUAUCCAAAAAAAAUUUCAUGGAUUAAGGACGACGUACGCCAACGAAAGGAGAAAAUAUUUAUCCAGUAUACGUAGUGGAAUGGGAGAAAAUGAGGUCUACCAUCCGCCCUUGUGGUACUACGAUAAAAUGGAUUUCCUAGAUGAUCACCUCGCCAUAAGAAAAUCUAACUCAAACUUCGUAUUGCCCGAGGAAGCUAAUGAUGCGUCGCAGGAGGAAGAUUUAGCGGAAUCGUCAAUGAAUGAAACCGAAUAUGAAAUGGAUGAACAAGGAGUAUUAACGCCCCUAUCCCCUGAGAUGCAGUCAGAAUCAAGGCCGUCAAGUAGUAUUAGGAAGAGAGGUUUUCCAACUGAUACCAGACCAUCAUCUGUAGGAAGUGGAUCAUCUUGCCCUCAAGAUGAUGUGGAGCCAGGACCUACUGGGCUGAAAAAAAACCAUCUGUAGGACGUGCAACAGGAAAGAGGAAAAAUACAGAAGACCCAGAUUUAAAGGUACUAGAGGCUGUGUCUACAAGCCUCGGGGGGCUCUACAACGCUCUUAAAGUAGAUAACCGAAGUGCCGAAGAUAUAUUUGGAGAGUUUGUGAGUGCUCAACUGAAAAAAAUUAAAGACGAGAACACAAAGCUGACUGUGCAGUAUAAUAUUCACACAU